CAAACAAUUGUAGGAAAAAGCAUGAACACCGAGUAAACAGUAAACGAAGAUUAAACCUACCUAUUUACUAAAAAAUCAGAAUUAAUUUAUUGUCUACCUUUUUUAAAAGGUUUUUUCCACAUUACUAGCAGCAUUAGUGGUAACUAUGGGUUUGUGUGGUUCUUAUUUAACGUAUUUAUCGAAACCGGUGACUGAAAAGAUUUCAAGUGACGAAGCAAACGAGAAAAUUAAAUGUGGGGCAAGUUCAAUGCAAGGCUGGCGCGAAAGUCAAGAGGAUGCACAUAAUUGCAUAUUAGACUACGAUACAAAUACAUCAUUUUUUGCUGUUUACGACGGACAUGGAGGGCAUGAAGUUGCUUCAUACACUUCUCUAAAACUGCCACAAUAUAUUAAAGAAACAGAAGCAUAUAAAAAAGGCAAAUUUGAAGAGGCCCUUAUUGAUGCUUUUCUUGACUUUGAUGCUACAUUAACCCUCCCAGAAGUUAUAGAUGAAUUAAAGAAAAUUUCUGAUGAAAGGAAGGUACAGAGAGAUGAUGAUGAGGAAGAGGAAGAUGUUUCUAGUCUAUAUGAAGAGGCAAGCAUGCCUAUAGAAAAGGUGAUAGAAAGAUACACAGCAAAACUGCUAGGAGCAAAAGCCAAACCUGCAAAAGAAGGCUGUGAUGAGAAAUUAAAAAAAGAUAAGUGUUCUACUUUAAUUAAAGAAAAUUGCAGCUCUUCAAGUGAUCCAACAAGCAGUUCGAUUUCUAAGGAAAAUUGUGAUCCUCAAAUAAACGAAGUAAAUAUCGAUGAAAGUGUUAAAAAGCCAGAUUCUUCAAACUCGUCAUCUGUAAACACGGUUUCUUCGACAACUACAUCAAAUGAUAUUGUUGGUUCAUCUGAAAAAUUAUGUUUAAUCACAAAAAUUGCUUCUGAUUCUACUCAAAAUGAAUGCUCUACAUCAAAUGGGGAUCUUGAAGAUGAAGCAACUAAAUCUGAGGCUACAGCAAUUGAUGGCUCUCUCUUGAAUGGUGGAGUUUCACAAACUGAAAACAACAAAGAAAAAGAAGAACAAUCUGAAAAGGUGGGCAGUUCUACCUCACAAGAAAACGGAUGUAUGUCUAAGAAAGAUAAAACUAAAAUGCCAAUAAAAGAAGAAAAUGAUGAUAAAUGCAGCAUUCGAACAAGGCCGAAGAGGGAAGCAGCCACCAAGGUGUAUAAUGAACUUUUGAAUGAGUCAGAGAGUGAUUCUGAAGAUGAGGAAGAUAAAACAUUCUUAGGAUCAUUAGAAGAAUCAUCCAGUGAAGAAGACGAAAUUGUAAAUUCUACUGUUGAAGCAGAAAAUGAAGAAGAUGAGGAAGACGCAGAAGACGACGAUAUGGACAAUGAUGAUGAAGAUGAUGAAGAGGAUUUUGAAGAAGAAGAAGAGGAUGAAGAAAGCAUGGAAUUCCAAAAAAAUAUGAAAGAUGAGCCCGGAUCAGGAAGCGGGUGUACAGCUGUGGUAGCUUUGUUACGAGAAAAUCAGUUGUUUGUUGCAAAUGCAGGGGAUUCAAGGUGUAUCGUCUGUCGAAGCGGAAAAGCAGUUGAAAUGAGUUUUGACCAUAAACCCGAAGACCAGCCUGAAGAGGAACGAAUUAAAAAAGCUGGAGGUAAAGUAACUGCAGAUGGUCGUGUGAACGGAGGUUUAAAUUUAUCUCGAGCCCUUGGUGAUCACGCCUACAAACAAAACAAAGAACUUUCGAGUCGGGAGCAGAUGAUCACAGCCUUGCCUGAUGUUCGAACUCUGACAAUUAAACCAGGAGAAGAUGAGUUUAUGGUGCUGGCGUGUGAUGGCAUUUGGAAUUCAUUAUCGAAUCAGGAAGUUGUCGAUUUUGUCAAAAAUCGCAUAGAAAAGGGAGAGACAAGUAUGUCGCGGAUAUGCGAAGAGAUGUUUGAUACAUGUUUAGCACCAAACACUAAGAACGAUGGCACUGGUUGCGACAAUAUGACUGCUAUCAUUGUCCAGUUUAAAUUAAAUACAAAUACAAAUAAGCGUUCAGCGCCAGAUGACGAUAAUGUCAAUGCGGAAUCAACAGAAAAUAUAAAAAGAGUUAAGACUGAAGACGACAAGGAAUGUACGACAUCGUCCUAAAAUAUCUCAUAUUAAUAAAGUAUCCUUAAAUAUUGAUGGUGAAAGUGAACCGUUAAAUUCGUUUUGGAAAAAUCACGAUUUAUUUAAUUUAUUGAUAUAUAAAAAACUAUUAAUACAAAAGAAAUUGUGUGGAGGAGUUGAAUUAUGUCUUUCUGUUUAUAUAAUAUCUAAAAGUUCGGUUCUACAUAAUUCCUUAUAACUAUUUACAGUGAAUAUGGCGUAAAUUAAAUCAUGAGUUUUUUUAAUAUACAAUGCGGUAGCGGUGCCUUUAGUUAUUACAACGCUGAGUGUAAAUAAAAUAGCGAUCAAAUCAUUUUUUACGAUUUCUUUAUUAUUUUUGUCGUAACGAUAGCAUUACAUUUUUUUCAGUGUGAAUGAAGAACUGUCAGGAUAGUUGUAGUUGUGUUUGAAACUGCAAACUGUAUUGUGUAGUAUUGAGUACAGUGUUAUGUAUUUCAUUUAAUAAAGUCAUUUUUGUAAUCA